AUGCCACAGCUCUGGCUUUUUGUUCUCUCAGCGGCGGUGUCGGUGUGGCUGUUGCGCUACUGGAGGACGUCCAGGAGGCGGUUGCCGCUCCCUCCUGGCCCGCGGCCACUGCCUAUCAUCGGGAAUGUCCUCGACAUGCCAGGCAAGAACUCUGGUGCGGAGUAUCGCGAGCUCAGCGACAAGUACGGCGACCUUGUGUACCUGGACGUGCUCGGCCAGCCGAUUCUGCUCUUGGGAACGCAUGAAGCUGCGAUCGAUCUCUUAGACAAACGCUCGGCGUUGUACUCUGACAGGGUUCACUCGCCUAUGGUUAACCUAGGCGGCUUCGACUGGGUCUUGACCAUGAUCCACUACGGUCCGUUGUGGCGCCGCCACAGACGCGCUUUCCACCAGUUCUUCAACCCCAGUGCGAUCACGCAGCUGCGUCCGAUGCAGCGAAGCCAGGUCAACCACUUUCUCCACCGACUUCUGGACACCCCAGAGCAGUUCACAGAGCACAUCAGGCACUUAUUCGCCGCGACGAUCAUGCGCGUCGCGUACGGAAUCGAGGUCGCGGAGGAGAACGACGAGUACGUCACAAUGGCGGAGGAGGGACUCGCCGCGUUCAGCAGCCUGCUCGUUCCCGGCAAGUACCUCGUCGAGCUCUUCCCGAUACUGCGCUUCCUGCCCCGGUGGCUCCCGGGCGUGCGGUUCAAGCGCGAUGCGGCUGAGGCGAGGGUGGUGGUGCACCGGCUCCGUGACACCCCUUGGGAGCGCACGCUUGCUGCGAUGGGAACUGUGAACCCUUCCAUGACAACUGCGCUCAUGGAACGCAACUCGGCGCUGGAGGGUGUAGAAGCUGAGAAAGAAGAGAUCGUGGCGCGAAACACUGUUGCAGUAGCAUACGGCGCUGGUGCCGAUACAACACUCUCGUCAAUCCAAGCGUUCUUCCUUGUCCUAGCAUCAUUCCCGGAAGUACAGAAGAAAGCCCAAGCAGAGCUCGACGCCGUAGUUGGUCCUCACCGCCUCCCCGACUUCGCCGACCAAGACUCACUGCCUUACGUCUCCGCCGUAAUCAAGGAAUGUCUGCGCUGGCACGCCAUCGUCCCCUUGGGCAUCCCGCACCGGUUGAUGGAGGACGACGAGUAUCGUGGUUACUUCAUCCCGAAGGGCACGCUAGCCAUUUCUAACAUAUGGGCGUACUCUCGUGACGAGAGCCUUUUCCCCGACCCCGACGUGUUUAUGCCAGAGCGGUUCUUGAAGGAUGGGAAGCUUAACCCCGACAUCACCGAUCCCGCGGUUUUCGCGUUCGGCUAUGGCAGAAGGGUAUGCCCAGGGCGUCAUUUUGUGGAGGCCUCGCUCUUCCUGGUCGUCUCCUCGGUGCUGCACACGUUGGCUGUCUCGGCCCCCCUCGACGAAUCCGGAAGACCGGUGUACCUUGAGGGCAAGGUGACUGCAGGCGUGAUAUCGUACCCGGAGCCGUUCGAAUGCGUGAUCAAGGCUCGCGCCCCGUGGGCCGAGGCCCUCAUUCGAGCCAGUGACCAAAUCGCGGCGUCCAGCGCGACCGCGCUUGGGUUGGGGAAAUGA